CCGCCCUUACCAAGGUCAAGUUAACUAACCCUAACGCUGCUAAGACGGAUUAAAAAGAAGGCAGCUUCCCUAACUUGGCUAAAACCCUAGUUCGAAGCUUAAACCCUGCCAAUAUGCUCGUCAACCAAAUCGGAAAUCUUCACUUGUAAUCAUUUUGCAGGUAUCUGUAGACAAAAUGAGGUUGGCUCUUAUCGCAAAUGCCUUCAAACGGCUUGGAGUUCAGGGGUUUGGUAAGUCAGUCUGCCAGCAAAGAAGUCCGUAUGAUGGGAGCAGAGCGGUUUUUCCUUUGUUUUUAAAAACAUUUUCGUCGGCAGAAGAAGGUUCGGUUGAGAAUACGGGGGAGCCAGUGACGGAAUCACGCAUUGAAAAGUUGCCGAAGGGUUUAUUCUGGAAGGUUUUUGAUAGGACGAAAGAGCCAACGAAAUCGGCACUUGACAAGUGGUUAAAUGAUGGGAAGAAAUUGAAGGAACGAGACUUGCAGAGCCUUGUGCGCGGUUUUCGUAACUCCCAUAAUUACAAGAAGGCUUUGGAGGUUUCUCAGUGGAUGCAAAAUCACCCUAAGUUUGUUUUUACACCUGGUGACUAUUGUAUCAUGUUAGAUUUGAUUGAGAGAGUGUAUGGCAUUGAUAGAGCUGAGAAGUGUUUUCAAGAUCUACCUGAGAUUUCAAAGAAUGAAAUCACUUAUUGUGCUCUACUCGAUUGUUAUGCCAAAGCGGGACUGACUGAAAAAGCAGAGCAUUGGAUGGAAAAGAUGCAGGAGUUGGGGUUUACUACAACUGUACGUCCUUAUAAUACAUUGAUGAAAUGCUAUUUAGUAAGUGACCAGAUGGAGAAGAUUCUUUCAACAAUCAAGCAUUUGAAGAAAAUAGAUGUACAGCUCAAUUCUUUUAGUUACAGACUUUGGAUCAAUGCAUGUGCUUCUAUGUCUAAAAUUGAUGAUGCAGAGAAGAUCGUGGAUGAAAUAAAAUCUACUAAUGAUAGUGUAGAUUGGACUGUAUACACUGCUGUAGGAGACAUGUACAUCAAAAGUGGUCUUCCAGACAAAGCAAAAUCUGCCUUGAAAGAAGCAGAAAAAAAAAUUGGUAAAGGUGAUCGCAGAGCAUAUGACUACCUCAUUACCAUGAAUGCCUCCCUUGAUGAUAAGGAAGAAGUUUACAGGUUAUGGAAUAUCUUAAAAACGUCCUUUGAUAAAUUGUAUAAUACAGACUAUAUAUCGGUGCUUUCUUCGCUGGCAAAGUCUGGAGACAUUGAAGGAGUUGAGAAGAUAUUCAAAGAAUGGGAGACAUCAUGUUCAAGUUAUGAUUUCAGAGUCUCUAACAUACUUCUUGCUGCAUAUGUGAGGGGAGGUAUGCUGGAAAAGGCUGAAAGUUUUCACAGUCGUAUCGCAAAGGAAAGAGGUGAGCCAAUUUGUAAAACAUGGGAAAUUCUUGCACAGGGCUAUUUAAAUAGCAAGCAGAUGGAUAAGGCAGUUACAACCAUGCUGAAUGCUUUACGGAGAGUGAGAUCUAGUGGCUGGAAACCACGUUCUGAAAAUGUCAUUGGCAUUCUGAAAUAUUUGGAGGAACAAGGGAAUGUAGAAAUUGCAGAUGAAGUUUUGAAACUUCUUAGGGACAUUCCGUAUGUAACUACAGAGAUUUACAACUUGCUUCUUUCAACUCAUGCCAAGGCUGGUAAGGAUGCUGAUGAAAUAUUUGAACAAAUGGUGAUUGAUAAAGUAAGCACUGAUAAGGAAACUGAUAGGCUGCGUAAAGUUAUCAAUGACAAUAAACCUUCAGGUUAAACACUAGCAAUAAUUUGAAUUUGGGGACACUACAUGGCUCCAGGUUUUCUUAUUACUUUGAACUGGUCAUAAAAUUAUCAAAGAUAAUAAUCCUUAUGUUUGAUGACCAGCAAGCACCAUAAGGCACCAGGCCCAGUAAUUAUCUUCAACUGGCAUAAAGUUAUUUCUACUACAUUUCAAUGUUUUAUUUUAACUGUUCUUCUAGAGGAUGAUAUCUUAGUUAAGUGGCGAGUUAUGAUUUUAUCUGCAGAAUUAUUUAAAAUGCUUUAUUUGCUAGCAAUUGUACUGCAGAUGAUUUUGAAUGAGAAGUUCUAUGGUGGUGGCUUUAUUGCAAGCUAUUCUGGGACAUGGUGUUAAAAUUGUUUAUGCUUUUACAAGGCAGCUAUGCUGUUGUUUCCUGUAUAUGUAUCAAUAUUGUUUCUGGCAAAUCUAAUUACCAAUUGUGGCA